AUGACUACAACUAUUCGCAUUGGUUAUGUUCCUGAACAUUUCUCCACACCUUUGUACAUUGCCCGCGAUCUUGAUUAUUUCAAGGAUACCGGUGUAAAUGUUGAGCUUGUCUUGUGUCCAGGCGGUACUGGUGAGAUGACAUCCAAGCUUCAAGAUAAAUCACUUGAUUUGGCAAUCGCAUUGACGGAAGGCUUGGUCGCUGGUAUCAGCAAGGGCCAAGACUGGUAUAAAAUUGUGGGUACCUACGUGGAUGCUCCUUUAUGCUGGGCUUUAUCUGCUGGCAAGAACUCCAAGCACGAUUCAAUCGACACACUUCACAAAACCAAUGUGGCUAUCUCUCGUUAUGGAUCAGGCUCUCACAUUAUGGCUUUUGUGCUUGCUGAUCAACGUGAAUGGCUCAAGAAGGAUGAAAAGCCUUUUGAUUUCACUGUCUUGAACAAUUUCAAAGCAAUGCGUGAUGCUGUAAACGAUGGCAGUUGCGAUUACUUUAUGUGGGAAACAUUCACCACCAAGCCUUAUCAUGAUUCUGGGGAAGUCAAGCGUAUUGGACAAAUUACCCCCCCUUGGCCUGCAUUCAUGUUUGCAGCCCAUACUGAUUUAUUGAAUGCCGAUAAGGAUGGAUUAAAGAAGGUCUUGGCUGCUAUUCAACGUGCCACUCAUUUGUUCAUGGAGCAAAAGGAGGAUGAAUCAGUGAAGCAUGUUAUGCGUAUCUUGGAGUAUCCUGAAGAGGAUGUUCGCCGUUGGUUCAAGACCGUCCACUAUGCUAGCAAUCAUCAACAAGUCUCUCGCAAAGCACUUGAUGUUACUUUGAGCACUUUAUUGAAGGCUGAUGUCGUAAACGAGCCUACCAAGCAGAUUGAAGAAUUGGUUGAUCUCCAAGUUGCAGAAUUGACUGAAUAA